AUGUCUCUCAUUCCCAUAGAGCUCAACCAGAGUCCAAUGCACUCACACAGUCAGAGAUCUCUCCCACACAGGCAGAAGGCAGGAGCUGUAAUAAUAUCAGAGCUCUGACCGACCCAUUACUCACAGCAACAGCACCAACAGCAACAGCAGCAGCACCCUCUAUAACAGCAGCACCUCUGCUACAGCAGCACCCUCCACUACAGCUGCACCCUCUACUACAGCAGCACCCUCUCCUACAGCAGCACCCUCUACUACAGAGAGCAGCACCCUCUACCACAGCAGCACCCUCUGCUACAGCUGCACCUCCACUACAGCAGCACCCUCUACUACAGCAGCACCCUCUCCUACAGAGAGCAGCACCCUCUACUACAGCAACACCCUCUGCUACAGCUGCACCUCCACUACAGCAACACCCUCUACUACAGCAGCACCCUCUACUACAGAAGCACCCUCUGCUACAGCUGCACCUCCACUACAGCAGCACCCUCUACUACAGCAGCACCCUCUCCUACAGAGAGCAGCACCCUCUCCUACAGCAGCACCCUCUACUACAGCAGCACCCUCUACUACAGAGAGCAGCACCCUCUACUACAGCAGCACCCUCUAUUACAGCAGCACCCUCUAUUACAGCAGCACCCUCUACUACAGCAGCACCCUCUAUUACAGCAGCACCCUCUACUACAGCAGCACCCUCUCCUACAGAGAGCAGCACCCUCUCCUACAGCAGCACCCUCUACUACAGCAGCACCCUCUACUACAGAGAGCAGCACCCUCUACUACAGCAGCACCUCUACUACAGCAGCACCUCUACUACAGCAGCACCCUCUAUUACAGCAGCACCCUCUACUACAGCAGCACCCUCUCCUACAGCAGCACCUCUAAUACUGCAGCACCCUCUCCUACAGCAGCACAUCUACCUACAGCAGCACCCUCUACUACAGCACCAACAGCAUCACCCUCUUCAACAACAGCACCCACACUAACAGCACUGUCCUCAGCACGGAGUAUACAGCAGGCAGUGGCACCAUACAGCACUGAGUAUACAGCAGGCAGUGGCACCAUACAGCACGGAGUAUACAGCAGGCAGUGGCAGCAUACAGCACUGAGUAUACAGCAGGCAGCAUACAGCACUGAGUAUACAGCAGGCAUCAUACAGCACUGAGUAUACAGCAGGCAGCAUACAGCACUGAGUAUACAGCAGGCAUCAUACAGCACUGAGUAUACAGCAGGCAUCAUACAGCACAGGGUUGCGAUGGCAGCACAUGAACUAAACAAACUCCAAGUCUGCCUAUAAAUACCCGCUUUCCUGCUGCCCAGCUGCACAACGUGAACCCUCCAAGCUGAGCUGAGAGAGAGAUUGCUGGGGAUGGACAGAUCAUCUGUGAUUUCCUUUAUGUAAGCAGUUUCUCUAAAGCUGUCCCUUUGCCCCUUCUCUGAGACUGCUCCUGUGCCCCUUCUCUGGGACUGCUUCUGUGCCCCCUUCUCUGAGACUGCUCCUGUGCCCCUUCUCUGAGACUGCCCGUCUGCCCCUUCUCUGAGACUGCCCCUGUUCCCCCUUCUCUGAGACUGCUCCUGUGCCCCUUCUCUGAGACUGCCCGUCUGCCCCUUCUCUGAGACUGCCCCUGUACCCCCUUCUCUGAGACUGUUCCUGUGCCCCUUCUCUGAGACUGCUCCUGUGCCCCCUUCUCUGAGACUGCCCGUCUGCCCCUUCUGUGAGACUGCCCCUGUGCCCCUUCUCUGAGACUGCCUGUGUGCCCCUUCUGUGAGACUGCUCCUGUGCCCCUUCUCUGAGACUGCCCCUGUACCCCCUUCUCUGAGACUGCCCCUGUGCCCCUUCUCUGAGACUGCCCCUGUGCCCCUUCUCUGAGACUGCUCCUGUGCCCCCUUCUCUAAGACUGCCCCUGUGCCUCUUCUCUGAGACUGCUCCUGUGCCCCUUCUCUGAGACUGCUCCUGUGCCCCUUCUCUGAGACUGUUCCUGUGCCCCCUUCUCUGAGACUGCUCCUGUGCCCCUUCUCUGAGACUGCUCCUGUGCCCCCUUCUCUGAGACUGCUCCUGUGCCCCUUCUCUGAGACUGCUCCUGUGCCCCCUUCUCUGAGACUGCUCCUGUGCCCCUUCUCUGAGACUGCUCCUGUGCCCCUUCUCUAAAACUGCUCCUGUGCCCCUUCUCUAAAACUGCUCCUGUGCCCCUUCUCUGAGACUGCUCCUGUGCCCCUUCUCUGAAACUGCUCCUCUGCCCCUAGUCUGAGACUGCCCCUGUGCCCCUUCUCUGAGACUGCUCCUGUGCCCUCUCCCUGGGGCUCCCCCUGUGCCCCUUUCUCUAAGACUGCUCCUGUGCCCCUUCUGUGAAUGGAGUAGGGGCAGGCUUGCCAUUCUCUGGGCUCUGAGCUCUCUCCAGCUGGGUCUCCCAUCCUGGUUUUGGAGGGACCCUGGCAGCCUCACACACAGCCAGCCUCCUCCCAUCCGGGUUGCUCUAUUGGCUGGAUCUGGGCUCUACCGACUGAGGGACCUGUGCCUCCUGCCAUUCCUGCUGCUGGCAGCCCAGCGCUGCACUACCUCCCCGACAUGCUGAAAGUCACUCUGCCCAAAUCCACCUCUUCUUCCUCCUCUUCUUCCACCGCAUCCUCCUCCACCUCCUCCUCUUCCUCCAGGUCUGGGAGCUCAGCGCCGGAUUACUGGAUCGAUGGCUCCAACAAGGACACCUUGGCCCGUUACUACGAGCUGGAGUCUGAGCUGGGACGG